GCUGCGCUCUUUCCACUAAGACGACAAGAUGAGUUACGGAUCGGAUCUCUACAUCUCCUCCUCCUACAGGAAGAUUUUUGGGGACUCCCCCCGCUACUCGCCCUCCCCAUCCAGGCUGGGUACCAGCUCCCCUUCUCGGAGCUCCAUCUCUUCCAGCGGCUUCAGGUCGCAGUCUCUUUCCAGGAGCAACACCUCUGCCCUGGGAUCUUCCUACAGGAGGACGGGACGGUCUGCCUUCGUUCCAGUGUCCAGUGAAAACCUUGAUCUAACCCAAACCUCGGUCCUCAACAAUGAGUUCAAAAUCAUUCGGACCAACGAGAAAGAGCAACUGCAGGGGCUCAAUGACAGGUUUGCAAUGUUCAUCGACAAGGUCCGUAACCUCGAACAGCAGAACACGGUUCUGGAGACCGAACUGGCUGCGCACAGGCAGCGGCAAACAGAGCCGUCCCGGUUAGCCGAGAUCUAUCAGCAAGAGAUCCGAGAGCUCCGAUCCCAGCUUGAGGAGAUCAACGGUGAAAAAUCGCAGAUACUCAUCGAAAGGGACAACAUUGAAGAGGACCUGCAGAAGCUAAGAGCAAAGUACGAGGAAGAGGUCAGGACCAGGGAAGAUGCCGAUCAAACCCUGAAGGUUUACAAGAAGGAUAUGGACAACGCUAUCAUGGUCAGGCUGGACCUGGAGAAGAAAGUGGAGUCCCUCCUGGACGAGAUCUCCUUCCUCAGAAAGGUGCACGAGGAAGAGGUGACGGAGUUGAUGGCUAUGAUACAGGCUGCCCAGGUGUCGGUGGAGAUGGAAGUGAGCAAGCCUGACCUUACCUCUGCGCUGAAGGAGAUUCGGAGUCAGUACGAGUCCCUGGCAUCCAAAAACCUGCAGUCUGCCGAGGAGUGGUACAAAUCCAAGUUUGCUAACCUGAACGAACAGGCGGUCAAGAGCAACGACGCGAUCCGGGCGAGCAGGGAGGAGAUCAACGAGUUUAGAAGGCAGCUUCAGUCCAGGACCAUUGAAAUGGAAAGUCUUCGGGGCACCAACGAGUCUCUGGAAAGGCAGAUCAGGGAGAUGGAGGAGAGGCACAAUGAGGAGCUCUCCGGAUUCCAGGAUGCCAUUGGCCAGCUAGAGAACGAGCUGGGGAGCACUAAGAACGAGAUGGCCAGCCAUUUGAGGGAAUACCAGGACCUCCUCAAUGUCAAGAUGGCUCUGGACAUCGAGAUUGCUGCUUACAGGAAGCUGCUGGAAGGGGAGGAAACUCGUUUCAGUGCUGGGAUCAGCUUCCCUCCUCCCAGUAUGGGCCCCAGUCUGAGCUAUGGCUAUCAGACAAAGGUCUACACCAGCUCCUCCAAGGCAUCCACCAAGAAGGAUCAGAAGGAGGAGCUCAUAGAGGAGACUGUCGUGUCCACGAAGAAGGUGGACAAAACCGACCAAAAGGAGGCAAACCCAAGCAGCCAAAAAAACUAAACCAAGAACAAAAAUGACAAGGAAGUUUCAGAGAUAAAUUGUUCUGCAGCAUUCCCCAUAGCCUUUCCAUUCCAAUAAAUUCCAUCCGUUUUCAUUUCCAAGACGUUUCCCUCACCUUCCUUUCCAGUCACGAGAUCCUUAUUUAUUGAACAGUGACACAACCCACCUUGUAGAAAACUAAGUAAGCACAAGUAAGAGGUGUAACAACAUGCUUCUGAUAGUCAAUACACACAUUUAAAUAUGUUUCAGUACCUUCAGAGAGUAUAGCAUUUCUACACAUUUACAAUAGCAAUCUGAAUUGCUCAAUACAAUAAAAAGGCAAAGUGAAUAACUGAUUAAAAAAGAUAAUAGACAUACCAUGAAUAUUAUUCCAUGACUUUCUAUCAAGUCUAUUCCAUGCAAGGACAAAUAAAUCACUCUGGUUCUCUAAACCUGAGAGCUUCUGAAAUAAUAUUCAUGACAUUGUGUUGGUAACCUCAAUGCACAACCAUUUAAUUAAAUUUGUUUCUUAUUACUAGAGCCUAGCUGUUAAUGCUGCGCUAACACAUUCUACAAUGCCUGUAUCGCUGACAUAAAAAUCAAUAGAUUUUUUUUUGUUUGUUUAUUUCACAACCAUGAAGCAUUUAUGCUCAGAAUCCUAGGAAUCACUUCUAAGGUAUUUUGAUGUUAUCUUGCAAUCCAAUGUACAAUUCCUUUCUGAAACCGGUCAUAUCAAACUGUGCAAAGCCAAUGUUUCUCUUCACCUUCUCUUUACAAAACAAGAAACCAAAACAUUAGGUGCAUGUUGUGCUGUCAUGUUUGCAUGAUUCUUCAGUGUGGCUCAUUGACUGUAUUGUCACAUAACCAUAGUACCCAUGUUAUCAGUCACAGUGAAUGCAUUCAUCUCAGAUGUACAUGGGAAACUAUAACUGGGUGAGAUUGAAAGAAAGAAAACAACUCUGGUCUCUUACAUACAACACUGCCACAGUAUUUUAAAAUCCUAGUCAGAGCACGGGCUUGUGUUGUCAGUAACACUCUGAACUGUAUUCCCCAGAUUGCAUACCUCUCCUCAUAGCCGUAGCAUUGCAACUGGUAAAGACUAGUUCAAAGAUAUAUAUAUAUAUAUCUUAGCCUUAAUGCAGUCUUGCAUUGUUCAGAAUCACAUGUCCAGUAGGUUGUGCAUGUCUAAAACAAACAUUGACAGAUUCUCUAAGGUAGUAGGCGAGGCUGAUCCACAACAAAGAGGUCCCAUAACUUAAGGGACUUGUGUGUUUUCUGGUUAAGAUCACUGGGGUCCAUGUGUAAUGGGAUCAGAACACAAUAUACAAAGAUCAGUCUUUUCCUUAACUAUCUAUUUAUUCUAUCUAUUUGAAAUGUGUUCUUUUGCAUCUGACUUUACAUGCAUCAAAUACAUGCUGAGCCAAAUCUGUUGUGGUGCCACUUUUGUAAUAGAAAAUGCUAGCAGAUUUCUUCAUCUCUUGCUUCAAGCCAUACACUAUAUCUGACCAAUGUUGUAUUUAAGCCUUAGUAUGUUUUUUGUAGACAAGUCUAGGUACACAAGAGCGGUAAGCGUUGCUUUAGAAAAAUCUAACCACUAAAAUUGCACUGCCAAACAUUUGUACUGUAUCUGUGGCCAGCUUUCAUUAUGAUUAACAUAAAAAACACACACACAACACCUAAAAAACAUGCUCAAUGAAAUGCGGUAGGUUUUUUAAAUGACUUAACAGCAGCAGCUUUCUGAGACCUGAAGAUCUGUGUGCCUACCGUAUGAUGCCGUUAAGGGUGUGUGUUUUGUUCACGUGAACUAGUAUGAAGUGAAUGAAUUAGCACUAAAAGGGUAGUGAUUGAAAGUAGAUUCUCUUCUUAACUCCUUGUUCCUGUCUGCUGUAAGGCCCACAUCAAUAAAGAAUUGGCACAAACACCCUC